CUCCUCCAAGUUUCUUUUUUCUUUCCCCCCUCCCUUCCCUUUCCCUGGUAUCGUCGAAGCAGGAAAUAGCCUGACUCAGAAAAGCAAGGCAAAAACAAAAAGGCAAAAAAGUAUCCUGCGAGAGGAUCAACACACCCUUCUGGCCUGCUUCCUGAUCGAAGGAAAGGGAGGUGGCUGUAGGAAGCUGCCCGGAUCCUUCUUGCAAACCUGCCUCGUGUUCUUAUUUCUCCCCCCAAGUACCUGCUGGGUCUUCAAACAGGAUUGUUUCCACUACAGGGAACCACCAACAAUACCACCAUCUCCUUGCGAGUGGGACUGGGAACACAGCUAUAGAUCAAGCCCAAGACGCAACACCGGAAAUAGACUGAGAAUUCUCAAACGGGUCCGUUCUCACCAGGCCCCAGGCAUGGAAGAGUUGAUAUGGGAGCAGUACACAGUGACCUUACAAAAGGACUCCAAGCGAGGGUUUGGGAUUGCAGUCUCUGGUGGCAGAGAUAACCCCCAUUUUGAAAAUGGUGAAACAUCCAUAGUUGUUUCAGAUGUCCUUGCAGGCGGCCCAGCAGAUGGAUUGCUUCAAGAGAAUGACAGAGUGGUGAUGGUUAACGGUACACCCAUGGAAAAUGUACCCCAUUCUUUCGCUGUGCAACAGUUAAGGAAAAGUGGGAAAGUGGCUGUCAUUGUAGUGAAGCGGCCAUGUAAAGUGCAGCUUCCAGCCGUUCAAAGGAGUCCCUCUCUUGACUACGAUUAUAGAACCUUUGAUGUCAUGGAUGACCGUGCAGACCUGGAUGGUAGAAGUGCAAAGAGUGGCUACAGUGAAAGGAGCUGGCGUAGUGGAAACGGAGGCCGCAGCCAGAGCUGGGGAGAUAGCCUUGAUCAGGGCUACAGAACUGCUAGGGAUAGGGGACGCAGCCACAGCAGGGAGCGUGGCUACAGUCGGGAUCGGAGUCGAGGCCGGAGCAUGGAUAGAGAGAGAAGUAUGGACCGUGAAUACCAAAGACCCCGAAGCAGAGGCAGGAGCGUUGACCGUGAUGAUAUGUACGACCACGGUUAUGGUGGUAGGAGCUUGCCAAGAGAUUAUAAUUGGCAAUCUCGUCCUGACCCUCCAUAUGAGAAACAAGCAAAAAGCAGGAGCAGAGACAGGCUUAAUUCCCGGGGUUCCUCUCCUGAAUUGCACCGGCACUACGAGUAUGGACCACCACAGGAAGCAAAUGGGCCAGUUAAUGUUCUCCUCACCAAAAGUAGAUCAAACGAAGAAUAUGGUCUUCGGCUUGGAAGUCAGAUUUUCAUCAAAGAAAUGACCAGUACUGGACUGGCAACAAAAGAUGGCAAUUUGCACGAAGGGGACAUCAUUCUCAAAAUCAAUGGUACCGUGACAGAAAACAUGUCGCUAUCUGAUGCUAGAAAACUGAUUGAAAAAUCAAGAGGAAAACUCCAGUUGGUUGUUUUGAGGGACAGAAAACAAACCCUGAUCAACAUUCCUUCCAUGCAUGACAGUGACUCAGAAAUAGAAGAUAUUUCAGAAAUAGAGUCAAACCGGUCUUGCUCCCCUCAGGAUGACAGACGACUGCAUCAUUCGGAUUUGGAUUCCCAUUCUUCCAAUGAAAGGCUAAAGGAAAAGCCAAGUGCAAAAGAAGAAACAUCCAAUAGGCUGUCCAGAAUGGGAGCCAUGCCCACCCCUUUCAGGUCAACUGGUGAUAUUACUGCUACUUUAAUUCCAGAGGCAAAGAGUGAAGUGAAAUAUCAAGAUGAUCUUCCAGUUGUUCAACCAAAAGCAGCUCCAAGAACAUUCCUUCAGCCAAGUCCAGAAGACCUAGCAAUAUAUGGCCCUGGUACAAAGAUGGUGAAGUUCAAGAAGGGCGACAGUGUGGGUAUCCGGCUGGCUGGUGGGAAUGACGUAGGGAUAUUUGUUGCUGGAAUUCAAGAAGGCACCUCAGCAGAACAAGAGGGUCUCCAAGAGGGGGAUCAGAUUCUUAAGGUAAACACUCAAGAUUUCAGAGGCAUUGUUCGAGAGGAUGCUGUUCUAUACCUGUUGGAAAUUCCUAAAGGUGAUAUUGUAACAAUUCUGGCCCAAAGCAGAUAUGAUGUUUAUAGAGACAUAAUGGCCUGUGGCAGAGGAGAUUCUUUCUUCAUAAGGACUCACUUUGAAUGUGACAAGGAGACACCACAGAGCUUGGCCUUCAUCAGAGGAGAAGUCUUCAGAGUUGUUGAUACAUUAUAUGAUGGAAAACUCGGACAUUGGCUGGCUGUGAGAAUUGAGAGUGAAUUGGAAAAGGGCCUGAUUCCAAAUAGAAGCAGGGCUGAACAGAUGGCCAGCGUUCAGAAUGCUCAGAGGGAUGGCUCGAGUGACAGGGCAGACUUCUGGCGGAUGCGUGGCCAGCGAUCUGGAAUGAAGAAGAAUUUAAAGAAAAGCCGUGAAGAUUUGACAGCAAUUGCAUCUGUGAGCACUAAAUUUCCAGCCUAUGAGCGUGUUAUGCUCCGGGAGGCUGGCUUUAGAAGGCCUGUGGUGAUUUUUGGGCCCAUAGCAGAUAUAGCAAUGGAGAAGUUAUGCAAUGAGCUACCUGACCUUUAUCAAGCUGCCAAAACAGAACCUAAAGAUGCCGGUUCAGAGAAGUCCACUGGUGUGGUGCGUUUAAAUACUGUGAGGCAAAUUAUUGAACAGGACAAACAUGCUUUGUUGGAUGUAACACCCAAAGCUGUGGAUUUGUUAAACUACACACAGUGGUUCCCAAUUGUAGUGUUUUUCAACCCUGACAGCAGGCAGGGUGUGAAAAUCAUGCGGCAAAGGCUAAUUCCCACAUCCAACAAGAGUUCACGGAAACUAUAUGACCAAGCAAAUAAAUUGAAAAAGACUUGUGCACAUCUUUUUACAGCUACAAUUGAUCUACAUUCAGCCAAUGAUAGCUGGUAUGGCAGUCUCAAAGAUUCUAUCCAGCAACAGCAAAGUGAAGCAGUGUGGGUUUCAGAAGGAAAGCUGGAAGGAAUGGAUGAUGACAUUGAGGAUCGUAUGUCAUACUUAACAGCAAUGGGUGCUGACUAUCUGAGCUGUGACAGCCGACUGAUCAGUGACAUGGAAGACACUGAUGGAGAAGGCGGGGCCUAUACAGACAAUGAGCUUGACGAGUCAUCCUAUGAGCCCAGAGUCUCCUCCAUUAGUCGGUCCUCUGAACCUGUGCAGCAUGAAGAGAGUUUAAGAAGACCCAGCCCUGAACCAAGAACACAGAUGAGAAGAGCUGGUAGCAGGGAAGUUUUGAGAGAUCCCAGCCCACCUCCAGCAUUCAAGCCUGAACCCCCAAAGGGUAAACUGUCGAACAAAGAAGAUCCAUACGAUGUCCCUAAGAAUUAUGAACCCAGAACAAACAGCCCCAGUGGUCUUAGCACAGAAGCAUCUGGAAUACCGGCUAAAGCAACUCCUCCACCUAUAGCCGUCAAGCCUGCUUUUGGACGUCCCAUAUUAAAAUCCUCUCAGCCGGUCAUUCAGUCAACAGAAUCGGAAGAGAAAAUUGAGGAGAGUGUAGACAAUGGGGAGAACACACCGAAAUCUGUGUUGGGGAAAGUUAAAAUAUUUGAGAAGAUGGACCAUAAGGCAAGACUCCAGAGAAUGCAGGAAUUGCAAGAAGCACAAAAUGCCAGGGUAGAAAUAGCUCAAAGACACCCAGACAUUUAUGCUGUCCCAAUCAAAACACAGAAACAGGAGCAGAACUGGUCCCAGACCGUCAGUUCCAGGCCUCCAGAACCACAGAAACCACCCGCUAGACCUUACCUAGAUAAACAAGGAAGUUAUGGCAGUGAUGCAGAAGAGGAAGACUAUCGCCGGCAACUAGCUGAUAAGUCUAAACGUGGAUACUAUGGACCACCAGCUAGAUACAGGGAUACAGAAUUGUAGAUUUACUGUUGGCCAGAGUUGCUGUACUGAGGCAUAUGUGCACAGUGCAAACAGAAUCCUGGUUACUUUUUUAAAAGUAUAUAUAUUUGGGGGCUACUGAUGAACUCAAGGUGUAUCUAGAUACUGGAAUUGCAGGACUUAACUUUCAUAUAAGUACUGAAGAAAAUGAAUCACUGUUGCCUGAACGCUGUUGCCUAUUUUACAAAAGGACCAAAAUCUAUUUUAAAAAUUACAUUAAUUUCUGGCAUUUAUAUCUUUUAAACUAUUUCUCUUCCUCACUACAACUGCCUUUGAAAAUUGUUUAAAAUUUCACGACGUGUUUGAACAUGAUGAAAAUGCACAGUGCUUUAGUGCAAGAAAAAAGUGCCUUUCUAAUGAAAAGUGUCUUGUUGUUCUUUGACCCUGACGCUUGUGCAAAGCCAUAAUGUUUCUAUUGCCUAACUUUUGUAUGUUUCAUGGUUACCAUUUCCCCCUUCGAAUGCUAUUUUUCUAUUUUAAAUAGAUCUGUAUACAAUUUUUCAUAAGCAGUGAUUGUACAUACGACAGGGUUGUUUUAUGAGUUGGCUGCCACAAGGUCUGAGAGCAGUAAGAUUGAAAAAAAAUAUGUAGAAAAUAAGGGAGAUUAUUUGCGUCUUAAACCUUUACAUGAGUCAUAAAAUAAUAAAGGGAUAUAUUCUCCAACCAAA